AUGAAAGCAAUUUCCAAAGCAUCAACAACGGCACUAGACCGUGACCCCCCCGAUGGUCGUAAGGUAUGGCGGGUCAAAGUUCAAGUCCGAGAUGGUCGCUACGGUGACCUAACCUCUUUCAAAGGUCAAGGGAGAGAAGAGGAAGAGGAGGAGGAUGUGAUGAUGGAGGGAGAAGAAUGGAAGAGGGAGAGAGAGGAUCAGCAUUCUCCUCGUAUUUAUCGUCUUCGUCGGCGACAUGGAGGAGGAGGAGCAGGAGGAGGAGGAAGAGAAGAGGAAGGAGGAAGUGGUGGAGGAGGGGGAGGAAGAGAAGAAGGAGGAGGUGGUGAAGGAGGGGGAAGAGGAAAAGAAGAUACAAUAAUCACUGAAGAGGGAAAGGAUAACGCAGCAGUAGAACUGGGAGAAGGAGCCAAGAAGAACGGAGAAAUGCAUAAAGGAGUAGCAAGAAUGGAAAGGAUAGAAUCUGGACGGAAAGAGAAAAUAAAGGGUACGAAGAGGAGGGAGAAAAGAGAAAAGAGAAAAACACCAAGGAACGUAGGAAGAACAGAAGGAAGGAGAAGAAAUGGCAACAAGCGAGAAUUGAAAAGAGGCAAAGAUGUUCACUUCUCCCUUGGUUCCGAAGAGAGCAAUGACUACGCUCUCGUUCCCUUCCAAGUCACCAAGCCAAGACGAAGCCGACGUCGCACCAACGAAAACGAAGUAAGAGAGUGGAAAGAGGAAUACAAUAAAAGUGGAGAAUGGGAGGAGGAGGACGACGACGAAGGAGAAGGCGUAAUUGAAGAGGGAAGGGAUGGAGAAGAAAGGGAAGAGGGAAAGGGAGGUGGUGAAGAAUAUGGAGAAACGAGGAAACAAAGGAAAACGGAAGAUGGGAUGACGAUGAAAGCAAUAAAGGGGGGAAAUUCUCGCAGAAGAAAAGGCGACGAACUUAAAACAAGGAAUGGAGAACAGAAAGAAAGUAAAAACAAAGGAAUUAACGGCAUAGAAGGGCCAAGAUAUUUAGCAGCGGCCGAGAGCAGCUUCCAAGCCACAAAAACGGAAAUCCGUCGUGCUGAAGAACACCUCCGAACACGUCGCACGGACACAGACUACGACCUCGACUAUCACGCCUUGCCCGAGCAAAAUAAUAUCAAAAGAACGAUCACAGUGUCGGACGACAACCUCGACGACCCGACGCUCAAAAUGCUCAACGAAAUCACUCACUGCUACGACCUGACGUACGACCAGGACGCCAGCGAGAAGGAAGGGUGGUGGUACGGCAACGCGAGGGAGGGCGCGUCGAGGGAGAAAAUCCACGUGGCUGAGACCGUCGUCACCGUGCUCGUCAAGGACAUCAACGACAACGCCCCCGUCUUCCCCAACGCCACCAUGUUCGGGAAGGUUCGAGAGAAUGGAGAGCCAGGACUUCCGGUAGCAGUAGUCGGGGCAUGGGACGCGGACGAUGCCACGGAAGGAACGAAUGCCCGCCUCACGUAUGCCAUUGAGAAAAACGUCAUUCAAGAGGAGACGGGCGAGGCCAUUUUCACGGUGGAGCCUUUGACGGGGGAGGUCACUACAGCCCUUUGCUGCCUCGACAGGGAGACCACACCGGAGUAUAGCAUUCAGGUCGUGGCUUCGGAUGGAGGAGGGUUGAAGGGCACAGGGACAGUGGUCGUGGUCGUGACAGAUGUAAACGACAACUCCCCGCGCCUGGCCCGGCAGCUAUGGCAGGCGGAAGUGGACGAGACGUGGGGUCUGCGCCCGCCCAACGCCAGCCUGACUCUGCUGGAGGUAUCGGUGUCAGACCAGGACACUUCGAACCUCUUUUUCUACCGUAUCGUAGAGGGAAGUGGCCUCGGCUGGGAUCACUUCGGGGUUCGAGCGGAGGGGGGCGUCGGCAAGCUGUUCGCCCGCAAGACACUGGACUACGAGAACGACGCCCACAGGCAGCAGGGCUUUCGCUUUCUGGUCCAGGUGACAGAUCAGGGGGAGGGCAGCUGGGACGACCCCGCCCACGUCGACUCGGCGUGGGUGGUCAUCACACUGAGGGAUCUGAAUGACAACCCUCCUCAGUUCUCACGCCCACACGCCCACGUCACUAUGAGAGAGGACAUGGCCCCUGGGACGCUCCUGGCCAGCUUUCCCGCAAUGGACUUCGAUAUGUUCACACAUCUGCGAGAGCUUAGUCUAGUCAUAAACUCCAUCGUUUUCUUUAAAAAUGCUUCGCCGUUUCGGUGUCGUAAAACAAAAAGUGCAAAUGGGUUUGGCAGUACGAGUGGAACGGUUGUGGAUGAAAAUGGCAUGAAUGAUGAUAGUGCAAGAGAUGUAAUUGAUUGGUUUCGAUUAUAUCUUCAUCAGAAAGUCGCCAUGCGACAAUCUUGGCUCCUCGUUGCGAUAUUAAAGCUGUCAGUUGAUUGUAUCAAGACUGCUUCUACCAUCUCUCUUUGUCGUGGGUCCUGGUCUCACUUAAUAUUGGAGGCUUAG